GGAAAUUACAAGAUUGUCCCAUCUCCUGUCAUCGUUAUCAUUAAUAACUUCUGCUUUAGCUUAGUUUCAUCACAAUAGAACACACACACAACACGAAUCAAGCUCUCAUCAGAUCUGCUCACAAAAUAUCUCCACACAUAACCCUAAAAAAUUUAAUAUCCUUACUUACUUCACCCACAAGUUUCAAAUACCGACAAAGCUUAUAAACCAAGCAGAUUUAAUUCUGAUAAUGAUUCAAGAAAACAAAAGGUGAAAGGAACUCAUGCUCAUCAUGAUUCUCAAGCAUUAUUCAUCGGUUCCACCUCUAUUUUUUCUUAGAUGUUAAAGCAUCGGCACAUGAAUUUCAUCUCUCAGAGAAUUUAACUUUUAUUGAUAUUUAUUUUUAAUUUAAGAGUUGGGUUUUGAUGAAUUUUGAUAUGAGCAAUCAGAACAAUAAUGGGUUGCUCAGGUUUCGGUCGGCACCUAGCUCUGUUCUUCAGAGUUUCGUUAAUGAUAUUGAAAAACCCAGAGAUGUAAAUGAUGGGUUGAAUUACAAUUUGGUUUCUCAGAGUUAUCAAGAUCUACAAGAAGAGGUGGAUCUUAAACCUAAUUUGAUUACUGGGUUCUCUUUGAAUCCUCAAUUGCAAUCAUCUCAUUAUCCGAGACAAAGUACAAGUCAAGCAAGCAUGGAUAGUACAAAUUCAUACAGCAGGGAAGCUCACUUAAGCUCGUCCAUGGCGAUGGGUAUUGAUAAUUUGAGCCAGCAAUCGAAAAUGGGUUCGAGUCUUUUGAGACAAAAUAGCUCUCCUGCUGGGUUAUUCUCUCACCUCAAUCACCCAAAUGGUUAUGGUGCAAUGAGGGGUACAGUUGGAGGUUACAGAUUGGGAAAUAAUGUGAACAACAAUGGUGAUGUAACUUCAUCUUCAAGCAGAUUAAAGAGACAAAUGAGUUCCUCAUCUUUAGGAAUGCUCCCACGGAUCUCUGAAAUCGAGCCCGAUACGGUUGAACCGGGGGUCCUUAACGAUGCAUCGGAUUACCCUUUCGGUUCAUGGGAACACGACUCUUCAUCCUUCAUUGACAACUUCACCGGACUCAAAAGAGAGAUAGAAACUCGGAAUGGCGAUCAUCUUGGCAAUCAAAUACCGAUGUUGUCACACCACUUGAGCUUACCGAAAACCUCAAUAGAAAUGGCGGCUGUUGAAAAGCUACUUCAUUUUCAAGAUUCUGUACCUUGCAAGAUUCGUGCAAAACGAGGAUGCGCUACACAUCCACGAAGCAUAGCUGAAAGGGUUCGACGAACACGAAUAAGUGAAAGAAUGAGGAAACUACAAGAACUCGUCCCACACAUGGACAAGCAAACAAACACAUCGGACAUGUUGGAUUUGGCUGUUGAUUACAUCAAAGAUCUUCAAGAACAGUACAAGGUGUUGAAGGAUGGUCGAGCAAACUGUGUAUGUUCUGCAAGGUCGGGUCCAACCUAAGCUUAUGAAGAAAAUUUUUUGUUGGUUAAUUAUAUGUAUUUCUUAUGUAGUUCUGGUUAUUAUCCAAAAGAACGUAAGUGAGGAUAAGCUGUUACUAGCUUUAUACGUAUUAGUUUGACAGAUGUUAUAUUUAUCGGUUGUCAAACGAAAUAUAAAAAUAUAAAAUAUUAUUAGGUAUAAUAAAGUUUUUAUUUAGUUGUACAUGG